AUGGGUAAGGUCGCCACCAGGGAAGCGUUGCGGUUUAUGACAGACUGCCUCAAAGCCGCUGGCGCAUCAGCUAAAGCAGCGGAACAGCAGGCGGAUUUGCUUCUUCAAGCUGACAGAAUGGGACAUCCAAGCCAUGGACUUAAUAGAUUAGAGUUGUAUGUAAACGAUAUUCUAACUGGUGCUUGUACACCAAACAACGAGCCAAAGAUCCUGAAGGAGACGCCGUCUACGGCUUGGGUGGAUGCAAAUAAUGUCCUAGGAGCGACGGCAAGUCAUUUCGGAAUGAACAUUGCUAUAAAAAAGGCGAAGGAGACGGGAGUUGGCUGGGUGACAGUUAAAGGGUCUAAUCACUAUGGAAUGGCUGGCUAUUGGGGGAAAAAAGCGGCGGACAACAGCCUAAUAGGUAUGGCAUACACAAACACAUCACCAUUACUAGCCCCAACGAGAAGCAAAAAGGCUGCCCUUGGUACAAAUCCUUUAGCGGUGGUUGCUCCAGCAUUAGACGGUGAAUCCUUCUAUUUGGAUAUGGCUACUACCGCUGUCGCCGUCGGAAAGAUAGAAAUGCAGAUGCGUAAAGGCGAACCUUUGCCAAGCGGCUGGGCUCAAGGUCCGGACGGGACAGAAACAAAUGAUGCAACUUUAGCCUUCAAUACCGGAUGUCUGAUGCCACUUGGAGGCGGAGAACAUACUUCCGGUUACAAAGGGUAUGGAUUAGCAGCUAUGGUGGAACUUUUUUGUGGAAUACUAUCAGGUUCAAAUUACGGUCACCACAUACGAUCCUGGUCGCACACUGGUAAAGGUGGGCCUGCGAAUUUGGGUCACUGUUUCGUCGCAUUGGACCCAGAAUGCUUCGCACCCGGUUUUGCCGACAGACUCACGGACUGCAUACAACAUUGGCGGAACUUAGAACCGGCCGAUCCGAAAACUCCGGUAAUGGCACCAGGAGAUAAGGAAAAGAGAGCGGCAAAGGCAACAGACGAACGAGGGACUGUUUCAUACGUGAAGCAGCAAAUCGAGACAAGCGCAGCAAUGGCUGAACGUCUGAAAGUCACGCCCAUGGACGUUAAAUUAGAUUAA